UGUAACAAAGUCCACAGAAAGAAAAAGACUAAUUGGAAAAUUUUACUCACAAACACAAACUGACGGGGCGUUAGACUCACAGAUAGACAGACAAUUUCGACAUUAUUCAUCUCUCUCUCUCUCUCUCUCUCUCUAUCUAUCUAUCUAUCUAUCUAUCUAUAGUUCUUUCUCUCUCUCUCUCUCUCUCUAAAAACCUGAAUCGGUUCGACCAUGGCUGCAGCGUGCGUCCUUGACACGGCACGAGCCCUGGCGUGCCGAGACGGAGAGGCGGCGUCACGGCUGAAGCUCGUCUCGAUCUUCGUGAUCUUCUUCACCAGCGUCAUCGGGAUAUCUUCUCCGGUGCUCUUAGCCCGCUACUUCCAGGGAAAACCGGCCUACGACAAGGCGGUGCUCAUAAUCAAGUGCUUCGCGGCGGGGGUGAUCCUCUCCACCUCCCUCGUCCACGUGUUACCGGACGCCUUCGCGGCUCUCUCCGACUGCCACGUGGCGUCGCGCCACCCCUGGAGGGACUUCCCCUUCGCCGGACUUGUGACGCUGAUCGGAGCAGUCACGGCUCUCCUCGUCGACGUCACCGCCACCUCACACGUGGAGCUCCACGGCCACGGCAGUGGCGGCGAGGAAGGGAAGUACGAGGUGGUGGGGACGAAGGAGGAGUUGAAGGAGACGAAGAAGUCGGGUGAGUCGAGGUUCGAGUCGGCUGAGUUGGGCGCGAGUCAUGGUCAUGAUCAUGAUCAUCAGGAGAGUGAAGAUCAGGAGAUUCUGGUGAAGCUGAAGCAGAGGCUGGUGAGUCAGGUUUUGGAAAUUGGGAUAAUAUUCCAUUCGGUAAUUAUAGGACUGACGAUGGGGAUGUCUCAGAAUCAGUGCACCAUUAGGCCUCUUGUUGCUGCUCUCGCUUUUCACCAGAUUUUUGAGGGAUUGGGUCUCGGUGGUUGCAUUGCUCAGGCUGGAUUUAGAUUGGGAACGACAGCGUAUAUGUGUUUCAUGUUUGCAGUGACGACACCAAUGGGGAUAGUACUUGGGAUGAUCUUGUUCUCAGCCACAGGCUACGACGACAGCAGCCCUAAUGCCUUGAUUAUGGAAGGAUUGUUGGGUUCAUUCUCGUCGGGAAUUCUAAUAUAUAUGGCUCUUGUUGAUCUUGUAGCUCUUGAUUUCUUCCACAACAAAUUGAUGGGUUCCGCUUCAUGGUUGAAAAAGGCUUCCUUUGUUGCUCUUGUUCUUGGCUCUACCUCAAUGUCUAUUCUAGCUCUUUGGGCUUAAACCAAUCCCUUUUUUAAUAGACAUAUAACACCCCAAAAAAAAAAUCACAUGGCAGUUUUCCUGGGUGUGAAUCAUAAAAUUUUAAUAGCAA